UUUCAUUGAGAGUUCUGAAUCGGAUUGUAAAGAAUUUUUCGAGAAUGUAUAAGUUGGGCAAGGGCAAGAUGAAGCCAAAGCAGGCGAAGCCAUCCAUUGAGGAGAUACCGCCUCGUAUCGAGCCGUGUGUUCUGCCGGUGAAUGGGGUUGUUCAGCCGCCGGUGAUACCGCCGCCGGAGAGGCCUGGCCGGCUGACCAACGUGCUGGAGAGCCUGAAGUCGGUGCUGGAGUCUCUGUGGAGGAGCCGCUGGUCGAGUUACUUCAAGAAACCGGUGGAUGCGUCUAAGCUCUGCAUUCCGGACUACCACACUGUGAUUAAGCAUCCCAUGGACCUGAGCACCAUACGCCAGCGCCUGAACAACAACUACUACUGGCGGGCGAACGAGGCGCUGGAAGACUUCGAGUUGAUCUUCGCCAACUCCAGUUUGUUUUUUAUGCCGGGGUCACGAGUGCACGCCGCCGGCAAGCAACUGUCUGCCAUCUACCGCACGUGUCUCUCCAUGAUCGACAUGAGCAACGAGACGCAGCUGAAUACCAAAUCGUUGCUACGGAGACGCAAGGUGCGGCCACUGCAGCUAGAGCGUGCGUACCCAGUUCCAAGCAAGUUACCUAGGCUGGACGAUGGUGCAUGCCAGACUCAGGAGGGAGACGAUAGCGAGUCUGAUUCUGAUGUUGACGAUGAGCCUGACGGGGAGCCCGUUGAGUUCGAUUCGACCCCGGACAUACUGAUCGAUUGGCAGAUCUAUCUUGUGGAGAAGAACCACUCGUUGCGGAUGCUCCAGUGCCUGACCAAGCGCAAGCGGGACCACAUCAACUGGCCCUUCCGCUCCGGUGAUCUGUGGCGCCAGUACAGCCAGAAUCUACACUACAACCACGAUGUCGAGGACAAGCUGGACUGGGAAACAUUGCGUUUCAUGCUGGACAACGACGAGAUCCAGAACUUUGAGCAUUUAAUCGAGAGGCUGAGGACGAUGUUCCAGAACGCCUUGGCCUGUUUUCCGAUGGAUGAAAAUGUAAUCGAGGCGACGACUGCGUUGAAUGCUGUUCUCGAAUCACAUUUGGGUGCAUUCCGCAGCUCUUUGACCGAGGCGAAGAAGCGAAUUCAGUAUCUGGCGAGCAAAAAACUUCGGGAUUAUAAUAUAAUUCUCUCACAACAGGAUAGUUAUCACAGUUCGGAAGAGAGAUUCUCUUAUGGAGCAGGGAGCUACCAGCAAUAUCGUUAGCUUAUAUUGCUUGAUGUGAACCAUAAAUGAAAUAAAUUGUAAAAUUUAUUGCUUUAAUUUGAAUUGACUCCAAUUUCUAUUUUAACCGAUUCAUAUCAGUACUUGUGGUUCCGCUAGGUGUCGCUAAUGCAUACAUUGGGGUUUUAACAUUACCAUUAGAGCUAAAAAAAUGUUAAAAAAAAAAACAUUCUAUUUAAAUUGCCGCCAAUUCAAA